GCGGAGCGGAGUAGAGCGGUGGAGACAUCCGGACACAGCCGAGCCGAGCCGAGCCAAGCCAAGCCGAGCCAAGCGGAACCGAGCGGAACCGAGCCCAACCAUGACGGCGCCCAGCAACUCGUACGACGUGAUAGUGGUCGGCGGAGGGAUAUCAGGGUUGAGUGCAGCCAAGCUGCUGAAGUCUCACGGACUGAACCCUGUGGUGCUGGAGGCCCGGAAUCGAGUCGGUGGUCGAACCUUCACUGUGCAGAAUAAGGAGACGAAGUGGGUGGAUCUGGGCGGGGCUUACAUUGGACCGACUCAGAACCGCAUCCUCCGAUUGGCCAAAGAAUACAACGUACAGACGUACAAAGUCAACGAGCAGGAGAGACUGGUGCAUUAUGUCGAAGGAAAGUCGUACCCGUUCAGAGGCUCCCUCCCCCCCAUCUGGAACCCCAUCGCCCUGCUGGACUUCAACAACCUGUUCAGGACGAUGGACGAGAUGGGCAAGGAGAUUCCCAGGGAGGCUCCAUGGAGAGCUCCUCACGCGGAGGAGUGGGACAAGAUGUCCAUGCUGCAGCUCUUUGAGAAGAUCUGCUGGACCAGUGCCGUUCGACGCUUCGCCACAUUGUUCGUGAACGUGAACGUGACGUCUGAGCCCCACGAGGUGUCGGCGCUCUGGUUCCUCUGGUACGUGAAGCAGUGCGGAGGAACCAUGAGGAUCUUCUCCGUCUCUAACGGGGGACAGGAGAGGAAGUUCGUGGGCGGCUCCAAUCAGAUCAGCGGGUUCAUGGCGAAGGAGCUGGGCGACGGCGUGAAGCUGGAGUCUCCGGUUUACAGAAUCGACCAGAGUGGAGACCUGGUGGUGGUGGAGACGCUGGACAAGCAGACCUACACGGCCAGGUACGUGAUCGUGGCGACGCCCCCCAGCCUGAACCUGAAGAUGCACUUUAACCCCGAGCUGCCGCCGCUCAGGAACCAGCUGAUCCACCGCGUCCCCAUGGGCUCCGUCAUCAAGUGCAUGGUUUACUACAAGGAGAACUUCUGGAGGAAGAAGGGUUACUGUGGCACCAUGGUGAUCGAGGAGGAGGACGCUCCCAUUGGCCUGACGCUGGACGACACAAAGCCCGAUGGGAGUGUCCCUGCGAUCAUGGGGUUCAUCCUGGCCCGUAAGUGCAGGAAACUGUCCGGACUGACCAAGGAGGAGAGGCUGAAGAAGAUCUGUGAGAUCUACGCCCGGGUUCUGGACUCGGAGGAGGCUCUGCAUCCGGUUCACUACGAGGAGAAGAACUGGUGUGAGGAGGAAUAUUCUGGAGGCUGCUACACAGCUUACUUCCCCCCAGGGAUCCUCACCCAGUACGGGAAGGUGCUGAGGGAGCCGGUGGGCCGGUUGUACUUCGCUGGGACGGAGACGGCCACAGAGUGGAGCGGCUACAUGGAGGGGGCGGUGCAGGCCGGAGAGAGAGCAGCCAGAGAGGUCCUGUGUGUGAUGGGGAGAAUCCAGCAGAGUGAGAUCUGGCAGCCGGAGCCUGAGAGUGUGGAAGUCCCCGCUCUGCCCUUCGUCACUUCCUUCUGGGAGAGGAACCUGCCGUCGGUCAGGGGCCUCCUCAAGCUCACCGGAGUCUCCGCCCUCCUGACGCUGGCCACGGCAGCGGGCCUCGUGGCCUACAAGAAGGGUCUCCUCCCCCGGAGCUAGAGCGGGGGGGGGGGGCAAAUCUCAACAGACACUGUACUCGAGUUCUUCUAGUGCACCGCUCCGUGUUCAGAGUGGUGACCUGUAGGGUCAGGAUGUUAUUUGGGAAACGCCCGGUCGUAUCACAGACUGUUGAGCUCAAGCACCGUCGAGCACAAACGAGAGAGAAACAGAAAAGAUUAAACGUAAAGAGACGAGAGAAGAAGACUUGAGCUCGUCAGCCAAUCAGAUUGAAACAAUGAAACUAAUGAAGAAAACGAAUCAAAUGAGAAAUAGAUAUAUAACAUAUAUAUGAUGAAUAAUGUUCCACACAUUGCCAAUGACACUCCCAUUGAUCACAUCAGAGUGUAUUAUCUCUGUGUAUGUGUGUUUGUGUGAGUGUGUGUGUCCGUGUGUGUGUGUGUAAUUACCUCUGAUGAUUUUCGGUGCUGAUCCACUCACGUCACGUUCAAACACUUGUUUUCACGAAAUUAAAAACCCCAGCAGAGGAUAAAGAUGAAGUGAUAUUUUUAUUUGUAUUGUUUUUAUUCUGAACUCAGAAGCUGAUUCAUCUCAGAAUCGUCCUCUCAGAGAUUCUGUGUUUUCAGACGAUGUUGAUUCAUCAUCAGAUCCUCGUUCGUGCUGCUUCAGUAAAAACUCCAUGAAAAUCCCCGACUGCGUCAAAGUGAGUCCGACUGAAGCCUCGUGAAUUUGUGCAGAUUUGUGACGUGUGAACCGAAGUGACCUGUGCAGCUGUUUGUAUUGUAAUGUUGGAGCGACUCCAUGAAAUCCACUUCCUGUAAACAUCACUUCACAUCUGAACGUUCCUCAACCUGAAGGAACUUUGACUCUUUGAAACAGAAAUACUAGAAUUAAUAAAACUAAACUUAUAUUACUUUCUAGUUUGAGUUAGAAAGGGAAAAGAGACAUUAAUACUUUAAACUAAACUUUACAGCUGAUGGACGAACAAAUGUUAUAUUAUUAUAACAUGAAAAUCAAGGUUCUAUCCACGUUGUUAGAAUUUAAACAUGACUGAGUUUUUACAUCUGUUGUGAAGGUCGUUCUGUGUUCGAGAGAAUCCUCUGUUCCAAAGAUGUGUGUGUGUAUGUGUGUGUCUGUUAGUGUUUGUGUGUAGUCUGUUGUGCCUUAAUUGAAGUCCUAGUGUUUUUCGUGUUUCCUCUCAAGUGCCUGUGUGACUCUGACACUCUCCGCCCUUUGCUCCUCCCCCUCCUUGUCCCGCCUGCACUGGAGGUCAGAGGUCAGAUCGACCAGGUUGCUGGUUUAAAACCUGUUUUACCAGAGUUGUGUCAUCACUGUUAACGUGACUCUGGUGAAUCCAGUUGUGUGAACAAACUAAAUAAAGAUGGACGACACGUCUCCACUAAAAUAUCUACGAUGCAAACGAUGACGUCAUGUGAGGUUUAGUGGAGUUACAUCAUCGAGGCCACGCCCACAUCAUGCAACCAUGGCAGAAAAUACACAAAAUAUUCUCACAAAAUAAAAAAUAAAUAAAAACACGAUGCUACUUUCAAAAUGACUUUAGAAAAUGUAAGUUUCUUUAAACGAUUACAGAAAACUUUUUUGCCAUGCAGCUACUGCCUCUCACCAGUAGGGGGUGCUGCAGCCCCACGUCUCAGCUGUCAAUCAUCAUGUCUCAGAACAUUUUUAUUAUUAUUAAAACCAAACUGAUCAGAAAAUCUGAAGAACGACCUGAAAUGACAGAAACCAUCUUUAACAAACAAUUAUUCAACGUCUACUUUCAUUUUGUUUGUUUGUUUGGUCCAUGUCCCAUCUGCUAACAUGGAGGAGGUCGGGGCUUGUAAUCAAAACGGUGUCGUCUGUGAUCAGAUUGUUGAAUUUGUCAAGCUGUGAUCUCCAGUGUGUGUGUGUGUGUCUUGUGUUGGCAGUGUGUCUCUGUCUCUGUUGUGUGAUGACCUCAUGUCAGCUGUUUUACCCCCUCGCCUCUUUUUCUACUGGUUUUCUUCUCACAGGAGCAGAAACACACGUCCUGAACCACAGAACUCGUAGAGAACUUUAACAGAACUCGUACAGAACUCGUACAGAACUCGUACAGAACAGAACCGACGUCUCGUGUGUGUAAUCGUCCUCCGUCCCUCGUGUCUUUCUCUGUAAUUGAGCCUCUUGAUUCUUCCUGUGUCUCGUUGAUGUCUAUGAUUCCUCAAACAAAGCUGGUGAUAUUUAAAAAGAAAGAAAUGUGAAAUAAAUCUUUUCCUCGUAUGAAA